CGUGCAUGCGCUGGCGCAACAGAUCCCCCCGCGCAUGCGCAGUGGAUUGUUUUGACUGAAAAUGCCGUCGGUUUCGAAAACGGCGGCCAAUGCGUCUCCUCAAACCGAGAAACCUACACACUAUACCUACUUGAAGGAGUUUAGGACGGAGCAGUGCCCGUUGUUCCUGCAGCACAAGUGCACGCAGCACAGACCGUUUACGUGUUUCCACUGGCACUUUCUCAACCAGAGGAGGCGGAGACCCAUUAGGAGGAGAGACGGAACUUUUAACUACAGCCCCGACGUCUACUGCACCAAGUACGACGAGACCACCGGCAUCUGUCCCGAUGGAGACGAUUGUCCUUAUUUACACCGCACCACGGGCGACACGGAGCGCAAAUACCACCUCCGCUAUUACAAGACGGGGACUUGCAUCCACGAGACGGACGCCCGGGGUCACUGCGUGAAGAACGGCCUCCACUGUGCAUUCGCUCACGGCCCGAUUGAUCUCCGGCCUCCCGUGUAUGAUAGCAGAGAGAUCCAAGCACAAGAGGCUCUCCAUAACGGACAGCUGGGCUCCGGUGAAGGUAUUCCUGACCUCCAGCCCGGCGUGUUAGCCAGCCAAGCCAUGAUCGAGAAAACCCUGACCGAAGACCCCAGGUGGCAAGACACAAACUUUGUUUUAGCUAACUAUAAGACCGAGCAGUGCACCAAGCCGCCCAGACUUUGCCGACAGGGCUACGCUUGUCCGCACUACCACAACAGCCGAGACCGCAGACGCAAUCCACGAAAGCACAAGUACAGGUCAACUCCGUGUCCCAACGUGAAGCACGGCGACGAAUGGGGCGAGCCCUCCAAGUGCGACAGUGGCGACACAUGCCAGUAUUGUCACUCGCGCACGGAGCAGCAGUUCCAUCCAGAGAUCUAUAAGUCCACAAAAUGCAACGACAUGCGGCAAACAGGCUACUGCCCCAGAGGGCCCUUUUGUGCGUUUGCGCACGUAGAAAGGAUACCGCCCAGCGAGGAAACCAUGAACUCGUUACUGACAGUGAUACAAUCCAGCUCGCAGCCCCUGGUCGGCUCUCAGCACUAUCCCGAGUGUCCGGUGGGCGAGUGGGCGAGUGGAUGCUCCAACAGCAGCAAUGGCCAAGUGACACAGAACACUGUUUUCUCUGCAGUGAACACUCUAGCCUCCAGCUUCACCUCCAGCAUCACGUCCAGCCUGGCCUCCAGCAUUGGCUCGGACAGUUCCUCCCCCACCACCUUGUCCACCAUGAACGCCAAGGCCACGCCCUUCUACCCAGGGAGCAACACCGUGGAGUCGGUCAUAGGAUCCGCUUUGGACCUCAACUUUUGCGAUAUUAACGUGGCAUCUCUCGAUAAGGAGCUAGAAGAACAAGACAACCACGUCGCACUGGAAAGUCAAAGGGUGCUCGGCGGCUCGGCCCCCGUCAACAUCCCCGGAUCGCUGGCACGCUCGUCCUCCUUCAAUUCCUCCUCAUCACUGUCCACCUCCCCGCUGAGCUCCCUGUCCCAGUCCCUGUCGCAGUCCUUGCUGUCCGGUGCGGUGACGCAGCUAAACCACGGCACCAGCAUGUUAGCCAAGCAAGAGCAUGGCCUGCUUGGAACACCCACGUCCUCUUCACAGAACUCCUUAGGCUUAAACGGCGCAAGCAACAUUUGGGACUUUGUGAGUGGCAGCUUCUCGCCGAGUCCCUCGCCGGUCUUCAGCAGCCUGACGUCGGCGAGCAGCAGCGGCGAUGUGGCGCGUCUGUUCCGGGAACUGGACGAGGCCAAGAGGAAGAUUAAGCAAUGGGAGGACGCCUGGCACCAGGUCAAACAGGCAUGCGAAGCCUGCCAGAAAGACACCCGCGAAGCGAAGGAACAAGCCAAGACGGCGGAGGCGGAGCGGCAUCUGGCCGAGCAGAAGCGGGAGGAGACGGAGCGCAAUCUGAAAGAGCUCAGGCGGGACUUUGACGGGCUUUGCCGCGGCCCAGGAACGCCGCUCCUCCGCAGCUACGGCGAGCUGGACCAGCUACCUUUGUCCAAGCUGCACUCGCUUAAGAACCAGCUGCGCAACGACCUCGACCUUAUAGACGGGGUAAUAUAUCAGCUUCAAUCAAAGAAAUGUGUAGUUUGCCAAAAGCAUGACCGAUGCAUUGUGCUGCAGCCUUGCCAACAUUAUGUUCUAUGUGAGAGCUGUGCACCCGGCAAAGCAGAAUGUCCGUACUGUCGAACAAAAAUACUCAAGUGGUGAUGUCCCGCCAACGCAAAGGUACUAUGUAAAGAUUUUAGCCUAUUUUUGAGUCGGGGGGGGGGGGUGUAACUAAUAGAUAUCAAUUUUUUGUAUAUUUCAUACAGGUGUUGCAUUAACGUGGAAUGAAAUGAUGUUUGACUUGUAUACAUAUAUAAAACAAACAGAACCAAGCGAGGGACAUUUCGAUGUUUAGUUUUUGCUCAUUUUAGCUGCAGAUGAUAAGAUGACAGAUUUCACUCGAAUGAUGAAAAUGACCCUUUAUAAGGUAAAGUAAUAUAUUUUAUUGUAUAUUCUACAGGAAGUUUUCAGACUGAUGUGGGGAUCUCCUUUAACAAAUGCACUUAGUGACAGACAUUUCAUAAAAAAAACACUACAUAGUCCCCGUUAAAUUAUUUUUUUAUUGACAAAAAGAACAUAUUUGGUUCGCUUUAAAUAACUUCACCUGAAAAUAGCAAAUAGUUCUAUCGAUACGUCCACAUCAAAGUGUAAAGGCCAUUUAUUUUAUUGCACACGACGACGUGAAGUUUCCUCACAAAAUAGCCUGGUGACGUUCCACCUAAAAUGGGCAAAAAAUAGGCAGCUGUUUGGUUAAAGAGGGACAAAAUCAAACACUUAUUUUUCAAGACAAUUACACAAGUGCUAUGCAGAUGUCAAAUAUGAGAGAGAGAAACAUUAUUUGACUCCCAAGUAUUGUUAAAAAAAAAAGUGUUCUAUUGUGAGGUAUAAGCGCUAAAUGCAGUGUUCCUCUUGAAGUAAAAAAUACACAAGUACUGUGGUACCUCGGUUUUCCUUAGCAAUCCAACGAAAACCAAAGCAAUGUAAGUCCAAUGCGCUCCAGAUACGAAAAAUAUGAACUUAAAACACUUUUUAUGAAAAUAUUCUCGUUUUAUAUUCUUAAACGGUGAAAGAAAAUCUAUAACACUUAAUAAAAUAUUAUAUAUAUGUGUGUGUGUGUGUGUGUGUGUGUGUGCGUGUGUAUGUGUAUAUAUAUGAUAACAUUAUACAAAUUAAAUAUAUAAGUAUAUAUAAUAAAAAAAACAUGUAUGUAUAAUUUUUAUAUAUUAUAUAUGUAUGUAUGUAGAUAAAUAUGUCUAUAUAUACGUAUGUAUGUAUAUAUAUAUAUAUACAUAUAAGUAUGUAUAUAUAUAUGUGUAUAUAUAUGUAUAUAUAUAUAUAUAUAUAUACACAGAAACAGUUUUGGCCUGAACAGUAUCGUAGAAAAAGUAGGGUGUAUGAAAACCGAGGUAACACUAUAUGUAUUUCUUACAUUAUUUAUGUUACCAGUCAAGCAUUAUUAUUUUUGACCAAUAUCCUGAAUAAUCUCUUAAUUAAAGCACUUUGUUGACACAGGACUAGUAAAGGGUUUGUAGAAAUUUUCUUUAAAGCUGCUUUGUGGAAAUUUUCUUUCAAGCUGCUUUGUUCUGUAUUUUUUUUUUGUUUGUUUUGUUUAGCCAUGCUCUUUAAUAAAUAUAUAUAUAUCUAUAUAUAGAUAUAUAUAUAUAUAUAUGUAUAUGUAUGUAUGUAUGUAUAAGCUAACACUUGUGUGUACUGUGAAACAUACAUGAAAUAUUUAAUUUUUCCCAUUGUUAAAUUAUAGCAUGGUUCCGCAUACUAAGAUUUAAUAAAGAGAGGGGCAGGGGGGAGUAUUUAAUAGUUUCUACUUUGAUAGUUAGAUUUACCAACAAUUACAAUCAAAUAAGUGCAAAUUUACAACAUGUGUGUUUUUGUUUCAUAUUAGGCAUAACCAGCAGCUGUAAUGAUAUCAAGGCACUCGCGCUACAAGUCAUUUUUGUAGGUAUGUUUAUGGUGUAGUUUUUAGAGAAGCAUGUAUUGUAAAUGCUAAGGUUUUUGUUGUGGUUUUGUAGUAGGAAAUUAGCCUGCUCUAGAACAUAUCGGCCUCUAGAUCUAAAAGUGCCUUACUUUAAGCUCAAUUUGUAGAGUUGACGAAGCAGGAUUAAAAAAAGUGUUUACCUGAU